AUGGAGAAGCUCGAUGCUACCGACAAGGCGUUCAACGUUUAUGGUGUUUGCUUAGAGAUGCGGUGUUUCACAGAAGGCGGUGCGGACUAUGCAUACUUGUAUACUCACGGGAGGUUUGCGCAACCUCCGCACAACAUCGUAGAUGUGGACAUCGUAGCCGCUAAAAGGUGCGUAAAGGCUAUGCAGUUGCCGUCUUCUACAGAUUUGCAGAUGAUGCCGUGUUAUGUCAGUUUUGAGACCUUUGGGUAUUGA